GGCCCCAAGCCUGAGCGUUCCCUUCUCCCGCUGUCCUCCUCACCGCGGGUAGCCGUCUCUCCGUCGCGGCUCACACUGGUCAGCCGCUAUAAAAGAUAGAGUUCAAUUCACAGCGGUCGUCACUGGUCUUUGGGAUAACCGAGGCACACGAGGUUACCAGAACCGCGAUGAAAGCGUUUCUGUGCCUGGCUGCCCUGCUCGUGGGCAGCGCCCUCGGAGAGCCGGGGCACUUCGGAGGCUAUGGAGGCGGUGGCGGCUACGGGGGUGGCGGCCACGGACACGGCUGGUACGAGCCACACCUGACCCUCGUCGUCAAGAAAGUCCACAAGCCUGUGCCCGUUCCGCAUCAUGUUCCGGUUCCGGUGCCAUACCCGGUGCACAAACCCGUGCCCGUGUACAAGCAAGUGCCCGUGCCGAAGCCCUACCCGGUUCCGCACAUCAUUCACCAGUUCUACCCCGUCCCCAAAGUGAUCCACAUCCCCAAGCCUGUGCCCGUGCCCCACAAGGUGACCAUCCACAAGCCCUACCCGGUCCCGUACCCGGUCAAGGUUCCCAAGCCCUACGUGGUCCACGUGCCCAAGCCUUACAUUGUGCACAAGCCAUUCCCCGUGCCGGUGACCGUGCACAUUCCCAAGCCAUACCCAGUGCACGUACACAAGCACGUUCCCGUGCCCAUCACCAAGCACAUUCCAGUUGAGGUGCCCGUCGUCAAGGAGCACCCUGUCAUCAUCAAGAAGCCCGUCCCCAUCAUCUUGGAGUCCAAGGGAUGGCACUGAGCGAUCCCCCCCGAGAAGCCCGGCCACGUCUGCGACCACGUUCUGGUGCGUCGGAGACCCUUCCUCGCAGAAGAGCGCGGCGAGGAGGAAGCGUUGAAGACGUCCACCGAGAACGUCGCGGAGCGGCCUGCUGGGGGGAGUUGUUCGUCGACAAGAGGAACGGACGAAAAACGAAGACACCAGGACGAAACAACGACACGACUGUGGUCCUCCAGCCGCCGGAAGCGUUAGAAACCGCUACCCGCGCGCUCGGAGCCUUUCCUACAGAGCGCGAGAACAAACCGUGUCACUACAAUGACCACAGCUAGGCCACGUUUUACCAAGAAACCUGUAAAUGACAGUAUCGACACGCACGCUAGACACCCACACAAACCCAUACACGCUGACUGCAAACACCACAGAUUACAAAGAGAGCCAGACACACGUACCAAGAGCCAGAUCUUCCCUCUGCCGGAGUGAGUUACGUGAAGGGCUUCUUCCUACAGGCUCUCGCGCAUCUCUUAGAAAGCAGCCUAGUACUCCAUGUUUCAAGCAGAGCGGAAUCGCCAAGUGUCCUUGUACAGCUCAAGUCACGCGUGAUCUGUUUUUUUUGCUUCCUCUGUAAAUGCCAAGCGGCAGGAGCAGCUUCUUUGUUAGUUAUUUCACGGACCAACCCUAUAGGAUCUUCUGACGAUAAUCCUUCAUCCUAUUAGCAGCUUAGUUCUUCCCAUCCUGUUUUAAUUAAUUACUGGCUUGCCACCUUUGCGUUCUGUUUAUUUUUUUUUUCUGAAGGAACUUGUUUGACACUUGCAUCGUGUCUUGUUAUUGCUUUUUUUGUAUUUUUUGAGUUAGUGUGAAUAUUGUUGUAUAUAGCAAAUUGGGUGCGUGGGAUCAUAGGCGGCUGAACGACUGGGGCGCAGCGCCGAUAGAGACGACGAUACGGAAACGACCACCAGCGAUGGAAAGAAAAAAAACAAUGGUAAAGAACAUAAGGAUGUGACGCUUUCCUUGAAACUGCCUCCUGUAAUUAUAUGUUGUAUAAUAAAUCUUGUCAAGUUUUUA